CUCACUCACACUUGUGCGUGCAGCUGUGAGACACGAUCCAGCCCGACUCAAUGUCCGUCUUUUUUUAUGAAUAUUUAAUGGAAUAAUUUCAGUUGGAAUCCCCAAUUCCACUAUAGAGGGUUUUUUUUCUUUUUAAUAUCCCUGGAGGAGUGGACCACCAGUAGGGAUCCUCACUUACGCACGAAGUACAACUCACCUGUGCAGGAUGAAGGAAACUUUCGGCUUGCUGGUGGUCGCCGCCGGCAUCUGCGGGAUUCUCAGCUUCGCUUUUCUGGCCACGUCUCUCGGAACCGAUUAUUGGUACAUCAUUGAAAUGAAUUCAUAUAACAUGACCGACUUCGAGGACAUAAGCUCCCACUCUGGACUGUGGAGCAUCAAUGAAGGCGAGAAGCACGCCGACGCCGUAGACUCCUUUUCUGCUGAUUACUCCAAAUACUCUGACACGGAGCUGCGCAUGCUGAACAUGCAUGGAGCAAUCGUGGUGCUGCUCCCCCUCAGCCUGGUCAUGCUGCUGUUUGGUGGCAUCUGUGGACUGGUCAGCUCCUUGGCUCGGAGCCCUGUCCUCCUCACUGGAACAGCCUCCUACUUUUUCAUCUGCAGUCUCCUGACUCUUUGUGGCGUAAGCCUCUACAUCAUCUACUCAUAUCAGGCCUUGGCUGAGACGGAGCGGCUGGUAGGACAGGAGGGUCUGACCUACAUCCAGACCUCCUUCGGCUGGUCUAUGGGUCUGGCCUGGCUCUCCUUCGCCCUGGAACUCCUCACUGGAGCGGUGCUCCUCAUCGCUGCACAACAGGCCAAGCCACAGCAAAACAGUCCAUCCAUGGCCUGACUUAAUCCUCCAGCGUGGACCAACAACAUUCAAGAACAGGAACUGUAAGGUCUGAAUGGACCUGGAAGGAAGAGGAGCCGGAUAUGUUGCUCCCUCUGGUGAGCCUCUGGUGUACAUCCUUGUAACUGAAGUGAAAUUUGACCGAUUACGCCAUCUUGUGGCGUGAAUUUAUCCUCGUUACAAUGAGUGCACCUGGAAAGUUACUGUAACACUAGCAGCCCUGUUAUCUGUCAAACCAGCUGAGAAUGCAGUGUAAUACAGCAUUACACCCACACCUUCUUUAUUAUUUCAAUUUAUGUAAUGCAGAUCGAUUUGGUACUUGCUGCAUUUUUAUAUUGUAAUUCAUAAG